GCACUUUUUAAAUAUUUCUGCGCCAACAGCAAAUGAAAGUGUUCGUGGGGGUGACGUCAUCACUUCGAGCCGGAAUCGGCACAACCUCUAGUGCGCAUGUGUCCCGCUUCUUGCCGUGAGCGGGGUUCGCCGCAAUGAUCCGGCUGUUGGCUCCGUUGUCGAGCCUGAGAGCUGCUUCGCGGCUUCUUUCUACACUGUCAAAAGAACAAAGUCUGGUUGGCAACGCAGAUGGUUCAGCUGCUGUGGUGGAUGAAACUUCACUGCAAAAAGCAUAUCCUGACGUAGUCUCCAGUGACCCAAUUCUGCGGAAGUGCAGCCUCCCUGUCCCCAAACACCUUAUGCCUGUCCAAGCCUGGAUUGAGUCAUUGCAGCAUUACGAUGCCAGGCACCUGGGCUUGGUAGACCUGCAUCCAGAUGUUUUUGCAGUGAUGCCCCGCAUUGAUGUCCUACAUGAAGUGGCCAUCUGGCAGAAGAACUUCAAAAGAAUUAGUUAUGCCAAGGCCAAGACCCGGGCUGAGAUGCGUGGGGGCGGUAGGAAACCCUGGAGGCAGAAGGGCACGGGUAGGGCCCGGCAAGGCAGCAUCCGAUCACCUUUAUGGCGUGGAGGUGGCGUGGCUUUUGGCCCCCGUGGCCCCACUAGCUAUUACUAUAUGCUUCCCAUGAAAGUGCGCGUCCUCGGCCUCAAGAUGGCGCUGACAACCAAGCAGAUACAGGGUGAUCUCCAUGUUGUGGACUCUCUAGAAAUGCCAACCUUCGAUCCUCAGUAUUUGUUGGACUUGGCUCGCUACAGGCAUUGGGGAAGAUCGGUGUUGUUCGUGGAUGUCAAUGAAGUACCUGAAAACAUCAAGUCUGCAACAAGCGACCUCAAAACUUUCACAGUACUACCAGCAAUAGGUCUCAAUGUGCACAGCAUGCUGAAGUAUGAAACCCUGGUGCUUACCCUGGACACCAUCUCCUUCUUGGAAAAGAAACUGUUGUGGCAUGACUCGCGAUACAGUCCGCUCUAUCCCUUCCGGUUGCCCUACAGUGAUUUCCCCUAGCCCGUUUGUCAAAGAAAGACUGACCAUUUUGUGCAUUUUUUUAAAUAUAUACAUUAAAACUAAACUUUUUGCCUGA